GCCGCGGUCUCGUGGCCUUCUUUUUUGGCCGCAUUUGCACUCUGUAUACGCGAAGAAAAGAUAAGAAUUUCCUUCUGAUUAAUAUGGAGCCGGCUGGGGUGUUGCGCUAGGGUAUUGAGAGCAUGAGCGCAAUAUAAUCCUCCUUUUAUUGUUCGGACUGGGCUAAUUGACGUGAGGCUGUUUUGCUUCUAUGCCGCUGUGAUUGCAGGCGAGCGCCUUGGUAUCUCGGAUAGUAAGACGAAGGCUCAAGAAUUAAAAAAAGAGGGAGAGGAUAAUCUGAGGGGUGUUACAGUGUCAGCGUUAUUGGGGGAUCUGCCGUAAUAAUGAAGGACUGAGGAUCAAAUCACAGCUGACGUUAAGAGCACAGACAGGCACCUUUCUAAGUCAGCCAGGAAAAGGGAGGUGUCUUGGGAAUGGCACAGCCGGCAGGGAGAGGAGUGCACGUCUCCCUCUAGCCACGUCUGAUGGCGUUUUGCUAUACCGGCUAGAUGCAGUUAAUGUAAGUGCUACGGCUUGCACAGACACUCAGUGCAUAUGGUGCUGAAAACCCCGGAGCAGGCGACGUGUAAUACCAGUGUGCAGACCGGACGCCGAGCGCUGAGCCGGCGGCACCCCGCGCGUUUCGCUGCUUGUCCAGGCAUGUGCAUGCUGCGGCUGCAGACUGGUGUCGUGCAGUAGGGUGUCUGGAACGAACAUGGAGCGAGGGGUCGUGCGAUUUGCGCUCAAUUUCAAUACUUUGGGGGUCUUUCUUUAAAUUAGUUUCUUUUCCUUAUGCGGCUUGGCGGCCGAGUGUCGCUUCACAAAUACGGGCACUCGAGUCAAGUUGUUUUUUGGGGUGGAUAGUUUUCUCCCGGGGGCCAUCGGGUGUUCACUAUGGUUAAGUUUUUUUAAUUUUCUUUUUCGUUGUCGUUGUGAUCGGAGGCGGCCAGCUGACUGACCCGCCCGCCGGAGCCCCUAACAGCCCAAUGAAGGAGUACAAAGUGGUCGUCCUCGGCAGCGGCGGCGUCGGCAAGUCCGCGCUGACCGUGCAGUUCGUUACGGGCACUUUUAUUGAAAAAUACGACCCGACCAUCGAGGAUUUCUACAGGAAGGAGAUCGAGGUGGACUCAUCGCCCUCCGUGCUGGAAAUACUCGACACCGCGGGGACGGAGCAGUUCGCCUCGAUGAGGGAUCUGUACAUUAAAAACGGACAGGGCUUCAUUCUGGUCUACAGUCUCGUCAACCAGCAGUCAUUCCAGGACAUCAGACCUAUGCGGGACCAGAUCGUGCGCGUGAAGCGCUUCGAGAAGGUGCCGCUGAUCCUGGUGGGCAACAAGGUGGACCUGGAGGCGGAGAGGGAGGUGGCGGGCGCAGACGGGCGGCACCUGGCCCAAGAAUGGGGCUGCCCCUUCAUCGAGACCUCGGCCAAGAGCAAGACUAUGGUGGACGAGCUUUUCGCCGAGAUCGUCAGGCAGAUGAACUACGCCACGCUGCCCGAGAAGCAGGACCAGUGCUGUACAGCCUGCGUGGUGCAGUGAGCCCCACUCUCCGCCGCGCCUCCCCUUCAGGUGAGAGGCAGUGACCAUCAAUCUCGCCAGCUGUGGCCCAGCUUGUCAGACAUGUGAGGUCUGCAGCCCGAACUUGAACUGAAAGCCUCGCUCACACCUUGAACAGGAAACUCGCCUGGUCACUCCUGGAUGCGCCCAAAAUAUGGAGAAAAAUUAACAUUCUUGAUUUCAUGAUGUCCAAACAUUUUAAUGUGCUCUUUUCAGUCAGCCUGAAAUGACGAAUGACAUUUUAACCUGUAUGUUUUUUUUUUUUUUUAAGUCUCUACUUUGUCUGUGGGUAUAUAGACCUGUCAGCUGGAUGGGCGGUAGAGUCAGGGGCGCCCAUUCUGUGACACGUCGUCGUCUGAGUGCCUGGGGAACAUAGCGUGAGUUGCCGGUGUUGGGAAAGGAGAGUGGGGAAUACCCGGGGAAGGAGGAGAAGGAAAAUGCAACAUCCUGAAUGGGAGCCGGAGUUCCAAAACAGGAAGCUGCUGAGAAAGAGUCUUCAGCAUGGGAUGGACCCCCCCCCCCAUCCUCCACUGUCUGCCCCCAGUGCUGCUUUCAGUAGCUCCCAUCACCUGGCCUGGAAGACAUUGCUCACACAUGCAGUCUUUGAGAAUGAGGGUUUGAUGCAUCUUUUGAGACCGCCUGGCUUAGGGAAGUGGUCUCCAGGCAGGCAACAGUGGUUUUAUUUUAAUGCAAAGUAAAGAAAGCCCCCCCCUCCCCCAACAAGCUGUUCCUGGGGGUCGUUUCCUCCCUGUCUGCUGGGCUGAAAGCCACAUGCUUUCACGUUCGGCCGCCUUCCUGUUUUGUUUUGGGACUUCCUGUCUCAGACCUUUUUUAGUUAUUGUGUAGAUACAUCCUCAUGUCAUCCACGUUGACGGUCUUCACACCUUCCUUGCUUUUUGCCAGCUGCAUUCUCGCCGCGAACACCUUAUAAGCAAUAGGACUAUGCUGUUGCAGGAAUCAAAACACCUGAGGACACAGGAGGUUGAAUCAGCGCUCAUGAAAAUUUCUGUCUAAAACAGCUGUUUAUAAUUUGAGGGAGAAGGGGGGGUGGCUCUGCUCUUGUUGGAACAGAGUCAUUUAACAGGUAUUCAGGUUCUAGCACCAUUAAGGAAGCAAAAUGGCUUCCAUUCAGGUUACUUCCUGUUUUUAUUUGUGUUUGGGCACAAAAAUGCUGCAGGACUCGCGGACAAGAACCAAACAGCUGUGAUGUCCAAGAAACGUCCAUAGUAACCUUCUGAAAUGGAAAUUCUGUUCAGGAGUGAGGGGGCGGGUGAGCAUCGAUUAUAGAAAGAGGCGUGUUUCGUUCCACGGCGUAAAAAAGCGGAUAGUGAAUCCCUUUGAGGUGCUAACCACAGGGUGUUCAUGGCAGAGGUGUGUGUCUGUCUGUCUGUCUGUCUGUCUGUCUGUUUUAGCUCUGAGGUUUGACUGCCCCUCCUCCCUCAUUGGUCCCCUUUCCUGGUUUUAGAACCACUGCCUGGAAGCGCCCUCCUCUUUCCAUACUCUGCUCUCAAAGAUGAUGGGCUUCCGUUGGACCAAGGACACAAAGCCCCCCCUUAGCAGCAUGUGCAUCUGGGAGGGGUGCACCUAUGUCCAUCCUCAUGAGCAGAUGCGGCUGCCUGUGACCCUUGGUCCCCCAGAUCUCUUUCUGGACACAUUUCCAUAGACUGAAGCUCUGAAGAAGAGGAUGUGCUGUGAUGACAACAGAGGGUUGAAGGAUGGGCUUUUUCCCCCCAAAAUGGAGGCGACGUGGUCUGGUCAAACCCCUGCUCAUCCCUGAAAGUGCUUGACUGCUGUAUUAUCUGCUCUGCGUUUUAUCAUGUGGUUUGAUUUCGGUGUCAUCGACAAGGACUAUUACGCAGAAGCGAUCCCUUAUGUAAUAUGCUAUUCAUCUUUGUUUACUUUUUACGCUUGUUGGCUUUCAUUUUAAUGUAUUUAUUAAAACUUUAAUUACUUAUUGCCCUUAAA